GACCGUGCGGGAAGCUGGGGAUGGGUGCAUGGUAGGGCCGGGGUUUCUGGGCCAGGAUGCAGCCCCACUGAGCCCCUUUCUGGUUCACAGGUGAUGGAGACCCGCCAGGUGUCCAGGAGCCCUCGGGUUCGGCUGCUGCUGCUGCUGUUGCUGGUGGUGCCCUGGGGCGUCCGCACUGCCUCGGGAGUCGCCCUGCCCCCGGUCGGCGUCCUCAGCCUCCGCCCCCCAGGACCGGCCUGGGCGGAUCCCGCCACCCCCCGGCCGCGGAGGAGCCUGGCGCUGGCGGACGACGCGGCCUUCCGGGAGCGCGCGCGGUUGCUGGCCGCCCUCGAGCGCCGCCACUGGCUGAACUCGUACAUGCACAAGCUGUUGGUGUUGGACGCGCGCUGAGCGCGCCGCCAGUCCCCAUCUUAAUAAAGACCCUGCCGUGCGCUCCCGACUGCG